AUGCCAUCAGGCUCACGAAACUUCGGCGAACCGCCGGCCCACUGCGGCCGAGACUGCAUAGAGGACAUUUACGGCCCCCGGACGCCGUACAAGCACGAGUGGCCGACUCGCGUCGACCACGCCUAUGACGAGGAGCCGGAGAAGUGGGUGCAGAGCGCGUGCGUCCUCUGCAGCAACGGGUGCGGUCUCGACAUUGGCGUCAAGGACGGCAAGGUCGUCGGCGUUCGGGGCAGGGCGUCGGAUCGGGUGAACAAGGGGAGGCUCGGGCCCAAGGGGCUUCACGGGUGGAAGGGCAUCAACAGCCCUGAUCGCUUGCAGCACCCCCUGAUUCGGCGGAACGGAAAGCUGGAACGCGCCACGUGGGACGAGGCCAUGGGCCUCAUUGUCGAGCGCUCCAAAUCGCUGAUGGAGAGACUCACCAGUCACAGUAUAGCCUUCUAUACGAGCGGGCAGCUGUUCCUCGAGGAAUACUAUGCCCUGGCUUUGGUAGGAAAGGCAGGACUGCAUACGCUUCACAUGGACGGCAACACGCGUCUGUGCACAGCUACGGCAGCUGCGUCGAUGCGAGAGUCCUUCGGGUCAGAUGGGCAGCCUGGGUCGUAUACUGAUAUCGACUACACAGACUGUCUUUUCUUCGUCGGCCACAAUAUGGCUGCGACGCAGACGGUGCUGUGGAGCAGGGUGCUAGACAGGCUUGAAGGGCCAGAUCCCCCACAGCUCAUUGUCGUCGACCCGCGGCUGUCGGAGACGGCGAGGAGAGCCACGGUUCACUUGUCGCCCAGGAUCGGGACGAAUAUGGCUCUUCUCAACGGAAUUCAGCAUUUGAUGUUCAAGAACAAGUGGUACAACCAAGACUGGCUCGGAAAGCACGUUAUCGGUUUCGAGGAUCUCGAACAGACGGUAAAGGACUACACACCUGAAAUCGUCGAAAGAAUCACAGGUGUUCCUGUCAAGGACCUACAGAAAGCCGCCGAGAUUCUCGGAAAAACCAAGAGCCUACUUUCGACGGCAUUGCAGGGAGUCUAUCAGUCCAAUCAAGCCACGGCAAGCGCCUGCCAGAUCAACAACAUCAAUCUCCUCCGUGGGCUGAUCGGGAAACCCGGUAGCGGCGUCUUGCAAAUGAACGGCCAGCCGACUGCACAAAACAACCGCGAGGCAGGCUGCGACGGCGAAUUCCCCGGGUUUCGCAACCACCUCAACCCAGACCACAUGGAGGAACUCGCAAGGCUGUGGAACAUCGAACAUAUCCAGGUCCCCCACUGGAACGAACCGACCCAUGUGCAGAACCUGUUGAACUUUAUGGAGGAUGGCUCGGUUAGGAUGUUGUGGAUCUCGGGAACGAAUCCCCUGGUCAGCCUGCCAAAUCUGCCCCGCGUCAGGAAGAUCUUAACCAGUUCGAGCCUUUUGGUUGUGUGUCAGGACAUAUACCUGACGGAAACAGCUGCGGUCGCCGAUGUCGUUCUGCCGGCGGCGCAAUGGGGCGAAAAGACGGGAUGUUUUACAAACGUUGACCGGACGGUGCAUCUCUCCCACAAGGCUGUUGAGCCGCCCGGGGAGGCCAAGAGUGAUCUUGAUAUCUUCAUGGAUUACGGCAGGAGAAUGGGCUUCCAGGAUAAAGACGGAAAGAGCCUCUUUCCGUUCAAAGACGCGGCGGAUGUGUUCGAGGCGUGGAAAAGGGUGUCAAAGGGUCGACCUUGCGACUACAGCGGCCUGUCUUAUGAGAAGCUUAGCGGCGGCUCUGGACUUCAGUGGCCGUGUAACGAGGCGAAUCCUACUGGAACGGAACGUCUCUUUACCGACGGCAAGUUUUUCACUGACCUUGACGUCUGCGAGAGUUUCGGACACGACUUGGAGACUGGCGCGCCGUACUCGAAGGAAGCGUAUUCCGGUAUGAAUCCUGCUGGGCGCGCCAUUCUUAAGUCGUGCCACUAUUUCGAGCCGAUGGAGGGUACAGACGAAACAUACCCCUUCCGAUUGUCAACCGGGAGGAACGUGUUCCACUUCCACACGCGCACAAAGACUGGUCGCGCCAAGUCGCUGCAAAAGGCUUGUCCCGAGCCUGAAGCGCGCAUCGCCUCUGAAGAUGCUGAAGAGCUGGAUAUUCAGACGGGAGAUAUGGUAAUCGUCAGGUCACGGAGGGGUGCAGUCGAGGUACGGGCUAGGGUCGGCGGUACCAAGGUCGGACAGGUGUUCCUGCCAUUUCAUUUUGGAUACUGGGAUGGCAAAGACGGACGGGCGCGGGCUGCGAACGAGCUCACAGUUGAGCGAUGGGACCCUAUCUCGAAACAGCCGACUUUUAAAGCUGGUGCCGUUCGUAUCGAAAAGGUGACUGACACUGGAAUAAUUAACGUUCCCGAGCCUCAGUCUGCAGCGGAGGUCGAAGCAUCAAACAAGUCGGCUCAUACCUCCAUGGCUGCUGAAGACUCCAUGCGCAAGCGACAACUGGAAGAAUGGCUUGGUGAAGCCUACGAAAGCAUUAAACACCUCUCCGAGAUCUAUGGAGACCUGAUUCCUGAUCUCGUGCACGAUCUUGAAAUCGAAGCAGGGCUGCGCGUCCUCCGCCGCAUUGCCGAGGGUAUGCGGCGUCGAUUCGAGACGUAUAUCCGCGAACUUGGCGAGGACAGCCAGCGCGGCAGCAAGAAAGCGGAGAAGCUGAGAGACGCACUGUUCCCGAGUCGAGACUCGCAGCGCAGCCCGUACGAGGUGAUGGAGACACUACAGGCGCUUCAUGUCUAUCUGGCUCACAUCGAUGGUGGCUUGACGGCGCUGGUGCCAGUCAGCCAGGCCAUGUGGUAUCAAGGGUUCUACGAUGCGGUAGUGGAGGGAAAGCGGAGCUUGUCAAGGAUGGAAGCCUGGGUCAACCAGCAGAUCAAGGUGAGGGCGCCGCAGACGUUGCUAGUGCCUGCGUGGAAGGGUGUCGAGGACGAGGAGGGCGGAGGUGCUGGCAUUUGA